UUAAAUUGGUGAUAAGAGGUGAGAUUGUGUCUGUGGUAAGUGUCUAUGCACCACAAGUGGGAUUGGAUGCAUCUACAACUCAACAGUUCUGGGAAGAUCUUGAAGACGUGGUGCGACGAGUGCCAAGGGGAGAGAAGUUGAUCAUAGGAGGUGACCUCAACGGGCAUGUGGGCUCGAGUCGUGAUGGCUUUGAGAAUAUUCAUGGCGGACAUGGUUUUGGCACUAGGAAUGAGGCGGGAAAGAACAUUUUGGAUUUUGCCUUGACGUAUGAGUUGGCUAUAAUGAACACUUGGUUUAAGAAAAGAGACUCUCACCUUGUAACCUAUAAAAGUGGAGCUAAUAGUACCCAAAUUGACUACUUCUUAGUACGAAC